AUGUAAAAAUUGAAUUGAAUUGAAAAAAACAUGAAAAUAAUUUCUCAAUGUGCCAAUAAAAAACUGAAAUUCGUUUAUUUCGAGUAGGGUAAAGCUUCACCUCAUAAAGUGUCUACCUGCCUGUUGAAAAAACAUCUAUCUAUAAAUUGUUGAUACAAUACAAUUCAAAUUUAAUAGAAACAAGGUUAUAUAAUUUACCGAAAAGUGAAUAUAACCACUAGUAGAUAAUUACUUAGGAGUAUUGAUCAAGAAGUAAAAGUGAUAGGUAAGAAUCUGAAGAAAGAGCUGGUUAGAUGAUAGAAAAAAGAAAACAUAAUUGAGCUCUGAGAUCUCUAGUUCGGGCCUUCCAUCAUGAACAAGAAGUCUCAUACUAAAAAGAAGCAGAAGAGGCGCGCCAGGAACGAUGUUCGCAAUAAGGAGAACAUCAUCGAAGACUGCGAGGCGGGCCAGGAGCCGCCUGAAGAUGAAGUGAAGACGAGCAAGGAGCUGUGCUAUGAGAUCAAACACUCUGACGUUAUGGGGAGGUAUAUAGUAGCUACAAGGGCCAUCAAACCUGGCGAGGUGAUCAUCGAGGCGCCCGCACUAGCCGUGGGCCCCUGCGCCGGCUGCGCGCUCAUCUGCCUCGCCUGCUACCGCGAGCUGGAGGAGAACAACUUGAGCAAAUGCUCUGGCUGCCAGUGGCCGCUAUGCAGCAGUUCCUGCUUUGGACUGAAGAGGCACACGGGACACUCCACGUACGAGUGUGAGGCACUCAAGGCCAACCCACCCGACUACAGCCGGCUGGAGGACUUGAAGGACUCCUACCAGGCACUUAUGCCUUUGCGCUGUCUUCUUUUAAAAAAAGCAGAUCCAGAGAAAUGGGCAGCGCUCUCAGCCAUGGAGGCCCACAACAGCAUGCGGCGCGCGCGCGGCGACAUCUUCCCCAACAACGAGCGCCAUGUGGUGCAGCGGCUGCGGGGCUGGGGCUUGCAGUACGAGGACGACGAGAUACACACCGUUUGCGGUAUUCUAGAGGUGAACGCGUUUGAAGUGGGUGGCAGUGGUGCGAACGCGCGGGCUCUAUACGAUGCAGCAUUCCUGCUGGCGCACGACUGCACACCGUCCACCACGCACACGGACGCCGAGCGCGCGCCCGCCAGGCCGCUCGCCGUGCGCGCCGCCGUGCCGCACGCGCCCGGCGACCUCAUCACGCUGUGCUACGCUUACACCCUGCAGGGCACAUUGCGUCGUCGUGAGCACCUCAAGUUAAGCAAGUUCUUCGAGUGCACGUGCAAGCGCUGCUCCGACCCGACCGAGCUGGGCACGCACGCCAGCGCGUUCUGCUGCCCCAAGUGCGCGGGCCGCGUGCUGAGCAGCGCGCCGCUGGUGGCUGCUGCCCCGUGGCGCUGCGAGCGCUGCCCCUACGAGAUGCCGGUCAGCGCCGUACAAGUACUACUCAAAAGAUUAACCGAAGAGUUUGAACAAAUAGACGCCAACGACGUUCAAGGCUACGAGAGCUUCCUCACCAAGUACCGCAACGUGCUGGCAGACAGCCACUACCUGUGCCUCUCCGCCAAGCACUCGCUGAGCCAGCUGUACGGGAAGGUGACGGACUACAUGAUACACGAGAUGCCGGAGGAGCAGCUGCAGCGGAAGGUGGAGAUAUGCCGCGACCUGAUGAAAGUGUUCGACGUCAUCGAGCCGGGAUACUCCAGGUUACGAGGCAUAACUCUGUACGAACUCCACGCGCCUCUCAUGGUACUCACUACGAGGGACUUUGAAAAGAAAGCUAUUACAAAAGACAGUUUACGAAAUCGACUGAAAGAGAUCGUGGGCUACCUGAGCCAGUCGGCCCUGAUCCUGAGCUUCGAGCCGCGCCAUACGCCCGAGGGUCUAAUGGCGGGAGCGGCCAGCGACGCGCUGCGCAAGAUCAAGACCUGGGAGCAGAUCAUCGGCAAGAUAUCCUGAGCCUCCGACCUGUCCGCAGCAGAUAGUGUGACAUUCGGUUGUUAACUCAUAGACUAAUAUAUCAGUGACGAUGUUUUUAUAACUCUAUACUGUGAAUCUCGUAUAAAUAUCUAUGCUGUUUUACAUACAGUCUAUAUGCUCGCAACACAAUUGUUCUAUUUUUCGGCUACGGCGGCUAAUUUCAUGGGGGAUAACCAUGUACGCAGGUGACAUUUUGUGCACUCUCUUUUCCCUCAUUCCCAUAGUUCAAUGGGACGGCAGACUGACACAACGGGUGAGAGAUAAGGCGCAAGACCGACGACUUUACGUGCUCUCCGAGUCACGGGGGUGUGCUAACACCGCCAACUUCCCAACUCUAGGCUGUAAGAUUUUUCUUCCCCAGUAACGUUUUUUUUGUCGGCCUGGCCCGGGAUUCUGUACCAUCUAACCACCAUAGAUAAUGGGAGAUAGAGAUGACUUCGAGUUAUAAUAACAUCGUUGCAAAAUAGAUGUACAGUCUUGUACUAUCAUGUAUUCUGUGGUAGGUACAGUACAGUAAUGUUCUGUAAUAAUAAAAACUCGCUAACAUGUUUCAAAUUCCCCUCUAUCUAUCUUUGUCUAUAGUAUUGUGUUAGUUAGGAAUAGAGACAAUUUCGAGACUCUCAUUUAAAUCGAGUUAUAAAAACUUCGUUAUAGAACAGCGCUAGUUUUCAAGAAUCAACAUCUGUCUGUAAUUCGUCGGAGAGUUACUUUGAUCUGAUUUCUUCUCAAAAUAAAGAAAAACAUGAAAACUUUUGAAUUUUCAAUUUUAUUUUAAGUUGCUCACCGACAAGUUGCUGAUACCUACAUAUGUUAUGAAAACGGAUGUA